GGAGGGGCUGGGUUGGGAGGAGGAGGAGGAGGAGGAGGAGGAGGAGGAGGAGGGGGAGUCGGUGUGUGGUGCACGCCGCGCUCCCAGCACAAAAGCCCAGGGAAAGAAACUCUUGGAAAGCUCGGAGCUAAACGCCGGGGCCAGGCGGGAGCAGGUCGAACCGUCCGGGGCUGUUCCUCUCCACUGGAUACAUUUUGCAACUGCGAAGGAAUUAAAUCCGAUUUAUUUUCUUCUUUUUUUUUUUUUUUUUUCCCCUCCCCAGGAUUUUUUUUUUUCUUUUUUCUUUUUAAGAGAGAGAGGGAGGGCAGAGCCUCGCUUCUCCCCCCUUCUUUCACUCUCUCGAUCUUUUUCUUUUUAUUUUUGCUUCCCUUGGGGAUAGAGGGGCACGCGAGGAAAAAAAAAGUAAAGGAAUAUGAUUGCUUCGUGGCUGACUUUCGCCUUGCUUUGUGGAACUUUCUGUGCAGGACCGGGCCAUGGGGAGGCUGAGACAAGGGAAUGCAUUUACUACAACGCCAACUGGGAGUUGGAGAAGACCAACCAGAGCGGCGUGGAGCGCUGCGAGGGAGAGAAGGACAAGCGGCUCCACUGCUACGCCUCCUGGAGAAACAACUCGGGCUCCAUCGAGCUGGUGAAGAAAGGCUGCUGGUUAGACGACUUCAACUGUUAUGACAGGCAGGAGUGCGUAGCCACAGAAGAAAACCCUCAAGUGUUUUUCUGCUGCUGCGAGGGCAACUAUUGCAAUGAGAAAUUUACCCAUUUGCCUGAAGUCACCGGCCCAGAAGUCAUAUAUGAGCCGCCGCCGCCAACGCCCUCCCUGCUCAACAUCCUGGUGUACUCGCUGCUCCCCAUCGCUGUCCUCUCCAUGGCCAUUCUCUUGGCCUUCUGGAUGUACCGUCACCGCAAGCCUCCCUACGGGCAUGUCGACAUUAAUGAGGACCCCGGCCCACCACCCCCUUCUCCUCUGGUUGGCCUAAAGCCUCUGCAGCUCUUGGAGAUCAAGGCGAGAGGACGCUUUGGCUGUGUGUGGAAGGCUCAGCUGAUGAAUGACUACGUAGCAGUGAAAAUCUUCCCUAUUCAGGAUAAGCAAUCUUGGCAGAGUGAGAGGGAGAUUUUCAAUACUCCUGGCAUGAAGCAUGAAAACCUUUUGCAAUUUAUCGCAGCAGAGAAAAGAGGGACAAACCUAGAGACAGAGCUCUGGCUGAUCACAGCUUUCCACGACAAGGGCUCUCUGACGGAUUACCUGAAGGGCAAUAUUAUCAGCUGGAAUGAGCUCUGCCAUGUUGCAGAAACAAUGGCCCGUGGCUUGUCCUACCUUCAUGAAGAUGUCCCUUGGUGCAAAGGUGAAGGACACAAACCUGCUAUAGCACACAGGGACUUCAAGAGUAAAAAUGUCUUGCUGAAGAACGACUUGACGGCAGUGCUAGCCGAUUUUGGACUAGCUGUACGGUUUGAACCUGGGAAACCUCCAGGGGACACUCAUGGACAGGUGGGAACAAGGAGGUAUAUGGCUCCCGAAGUGUUAGAGGGAGCAAUCAACUUCCAGCGAGACGCCUUCCUGAGAAUAGACAUGUAUGCAAUGGGACUGGUGUUGUGGGAGCUAGUCUCCAGAUGUAGAGCAGUUGAUGGUCCAGUGGAUGAAUACAUGCUGCCUUUCGAAGAAGAAAUAGGUCAGCACCCAUCCCUUGAGGACCUGCAAGAAGUGGUGGUUCACAAGAAGAUGCGCCCUGUGUUCAAGGAUCACUGGCUGAAACACCCCGGCUUGGCGCAGCUCUGCGUGACCAUCGAAGAGUGCUGGGACCACGAUGCGGAGGCUCGGCUCUCGGCGGGCUGUGUCGAGGAGCGCAUUGCGCAGAUCCGCAAAUCCGUAAACGGCACUACCUCGGACUGCCUCGUCUCCAUCGUGACGUCUGUCACCAACGUGGACUUGCCGCCCAAAGAGUCUAGUAUCUAAGUCCUGGUUCACUUUUGUCUUUCCAGACUCAGUGGAUUUAAAAAAAAAAAAAGUUUAAGAAAAAAACCCACACAAAAAAAAACAAAACACAAAAA